AGCGAACGUUCUACGUCUUGCAAUAUUUCCUACGAUCAACAUGGUGUUCCCCAAGAUUGUUUUCCUCGCUGUUGCACUCGCAGCCAUUCCCUCUACAUAUUCCUACUGGAUUUUUGGUGGCAGUCGACCCGUCGUCACCACCAGACUUGACUCUAUCGUCACUCCGGGUGUUGUCUCCACUCACGUCCACUCUGUUGUUGGCGGUAGUCGCUUCCAGGCUUCGUACGACUUCGACGACUUGUCUACGAGUCAAUGCUCGACUAUCCCUAUCCAACAAGACAAAAGCAACUAUUGGGCUCCUCAACUCUACUAUCAUGAUGAAUCCGCAGGCACCUAUACCCUAGUUCCCACUAGCUUCAACAUUUACUACCUCAUGCGCCCUGGUCCGAAGAAUGAAAAUAUACAUGCCUUCCCUACCGGCUUGCGAAUGCUUGCUGGUAAUGUUCUGAGACGGGUGAAUAAUGCUUCCAAUUUCGCUGAUCAGGCUAUCACAUAUGUCUGUCUCGACUUUGACCACGAUCAUAGCGGUGAUCCAGCUUGGGAAGAACGCCCAGACUUCUUCCAGCACCAAUGCCCUGAUGGAAUGCGUGCCCAAGUUUUCUUCCCGUCUUGCUGGGAUGGCAAAAACUUGGACAGCCCCGACCACCAGUCGCACAUGGCUUACCCCAUUCAAAACUUUGACUCUGGCGACUGUCCGUCUACUCACCCGGUCCAUCUCAUUUCUCUCUUUUACGAGAUGUUUGUCAGCGUAGAUCAGUUUCCCUACGUUGCCGGACGAUGGGUCUAUUCCUUCGGUGACAACAUGGGUUUGGGUCUGCAUGCCGACUUCCAAGACGGUUGGACCGAUAAAGACCUACUUCAAGCUGCCGUUGACCAAUGUGCUGACACGGAUGGUAAUGCUGCGGAUUGUAGCGUUCUAAGCCCUAACCUCAAUCAGGCCGCCGCCUCCGCAUGCAAGCCCGAAAUGACCAUCCCCAACGAGAACGUUGGAUUCAAUGGAGUCCUCAAGGAUCUUCCCGGCUGCAAUCCCCUCUGGGUUGGUACCGGUCCUAAACCCACCUGCAACCCCGACCCGCCUACACCGGACUUCGUCUCUGUCAAGACUCCCCUCCCGUCGGGCUGGCACGAGUUAGGUUGCAUCGCCGAAGGCAACACAGGACGCGCAUUCACGAAUGCCUCGGAAACCGAUGCAGCAAUGACCAAGGCAGUAUGUGCCAAUUUCUGCAGCGGUGGAGGGUUCCCAUAUGCUGGUGUUGAGUUCGGUACCGAAUGCUACUGUGGUAGUAGCUUCAGCAAUGGCGCGGUUAAUACGACUACGAUCUGGUCAGAUUGCUUCAGCACUUGUGGCGGCAAUCCCAACGAGAAUUGUGGAGGGCCUAACAGGCUCAGCGUUCUUUACAAUCCUAGCAUCCAAUCGUAGUUUGGUAAAGAAAGAAAGCUGACCUUGGCUACUGCAAUGUUUCGUUCUCCAGUCUUGAUGCAACGGUUCUGUAUGUAAUAGAUCAGUAGGUUUGAUAGCAAGUAUAGCAUGCGACCGUCGUGUUUCUUCGCUCCAAUGGACGUCGAUUAGAAAGUUUUCAAAGUUACUGGAAUCUCCCAGUAGUACCAUGACUGUAAUUGUCGGGUUAUAACAGUAGAGUUUGAAGUCAUUG